AUGCCAGGCCUUCCCAUUCGGUCGGCUGACGAGCCAGUCAAGCAAGUAGCACCUUUCUUGCGUACAAGGCCACAACCGGAAGCCACCUGCCACGUAGAGAGAGGCAUCCAUCAUUCCCUUUUGGUUCAGAGGGCCGACCUCACGGCGAACCUCGAUGCGACGAUCAAGAACCCGCUUGAGGGCAUCCCGAAGCACGAGCUUAUGACCCAGGUGGAAGAUUUCGCGGACGAGAAGUGUCUUUCCGAGUACACUGAUUUGCUGAAGAAGGGUGCGCUAAUCGCCCAGGACCCUGAGAAUUACCAUGAUCUCCCCGGGGAGCAUCGGCUCACUGAAGAGGAACGUGACGCCCUUCAUUCUGAGCUUCAACACAAAUGGAGGGUUCCCAAAAUGCUUUACAUGACAAUAUUGACCUGUUCCAUCGGUGCUGCUGUCCAAGGCUGGGAUCAAGAGGGGAGCAACGGCGCGAACCUGUCGUUUCCACAAGCCCUCGGACUCGAUGUGACCAGUCCAUACGGAACCUAUGUGCUGGGCUUGAUCAAUUCCGGUCCUUACAUUGGAAGCUCGCUUCUCGGAUGCUGGGUAUCUGACCCGUUGAACUUUUACUUUGGAGCCAUCUUCAUUGCCGCAAACUUUUGCUUUUGGGCCGUGAUUGGGAGUGCCUGCGCUCAGACCUGGGAACAGCUUCUUCUUUGUCGUCUCCUGGUUGGCAUCGGGAUGGGCGUAAAUGGAAGCAGUGUUCCUAUUUUUGCCGCUGAGAACUCCCCUGCUGCUAUCCGUGGUGCUCUUGUGUUGAGUUGGCAGUUGUGGACUGCGUUCGGAAUCUGUCUUGGGACCUGCGCGAACCUCGUCGUCGGUCGAACGGGCUCGAUAUCGUGGAGGUUGCAGUUUGGAAGCGCACUUAUCCCGGCGGUCCCGCUGAUGGUUACCGUCUUUUUCUGUCCCGAGUCGCCUCGUUGGUACAUGAAAAAAAACCGCUACCCGGAAGCAAUGAGUUCGCUUCUCCGACUCCGACAUCACCCAGUCCAGGCAGCUCGGGACCUUUACUACAUCCAUGCUCAGCUCGAGGUUGAGAGGGAGAUCAUACACGGCUCUACAUAUAUCCGGCGAUUCAUCGAACUCUUCACCAUCCCGCGCCUUCGUCGAGCCACCUUGGCCUCCUUUGUCGUCAUGAUCGCCCAGCAAAUGUGUGGGAUCAACAUUAUAGCAUUCUAUUCAUCCUCCAUCUUCGAGGAGGCUGGCACCACCGCUUACAACGCGCUCAUCGCAUCAUUCGGAUUCGGUCUUGUCAAUUUCAUUUUUGCCUGGCCUGCUAUCUGGACGAUUGACACCUUUGGUCGGCGGUCUUUGUUGUUGUUCACAUUCCCAAACAUGGCCUGGGCCCUUCUUGCUGCUGGUCUUUGCAACCUCAUCCCCGGGACAGGAUCCACCCACCUUGGACUCGUCGCUGUGUUUAUUUACAUAUUUGCAGCUUUCUACUCUCCCGGCGAGGGCCCGGUGCCUUUCGUAUAUUCUGCUGAGGCGGUCGCAACCUGCUUCUUCUGGGCAUCCGUUCUCACCGUUUCUUUCCCUGCCAUUCUGAAGGCUUUCGGUGUGGUCGGCUCUUUCUGCUUGUACGCGGGCCUCAACCUGGUAGCCCUUGUUAUGAUAUUCCUGUUUGUCCCUGAAACGAAGCAGCGCACGUUGGAGGAAUUGGACUACAUCUUUGCUGUCCCCACCCACACAUUCAUCAACUAUCAACUUAAAGUCUGGUUACCCUGGUUCAUCAAACGGCAUGUGCUCUUCGACAGGGGCGCGAAACUCAAGCCACUUUAUCAUUUCGAUCUUGUUGGGAGGAUCGCAGGCGGAGAGAGUGAUACUACCAGUUCUAACGCACUGGGCGACCAGGGAGGUGACCAAAAGGACGAGAAGGCUGCUUGA